UCGCCCCUCUCGCGCGACAGAAUUAUUCAUUUCUCAUAAGAUCUGUAGCGCCCAUUCCUGUUUCUCUUUCCUCUUCUCCAGAAAUCAUGACAGACUCUGUUGAACCAUCAACUUCCUCCUCGGCGGAGGACCCCAACCCGAGUCCAAAUCCGAAUUCUCUAAUUCACCCUAGGCGAGAGCCCUUCGAGCAUGGACUCCUCCCAAUCCCGAAGCUCAUAUUCAGCGACCCGACGCAAACCCUAGCACCGCUCAAACAGAAACUUGCUGCCUCCUCGUCGACUCUCCGAGUCGAUACGGCUUCUCUCGUCGAGUCGCUCCAGAUCUCCAUCGACCAUGCGCGCCUAGUCCUCGACACCCUCGCCUCCGUCCUUCACUCCGAGUCAGACCCGUUGGCCCGGGCCAAACCGGACGAGAUUGACUUCGUAGGGGCCGAUUUGCGUGAUCUGAUACUGUUCUUGUAUAUACAGUCGUAUAAGAAGUUGCUGCCUAGGGCGCACAAAGACUCCGCUUCUGUGGCCGAUGUCUGGCCGUCUACGUCAGCUUUUGAUGGCUACCUAUCAGCGUUGUCGCCGCUUCAGCUUGUGCGUAGCAACAGCCGUCGGUUUAUGCCAUCACAAGCUGAUGAAGAAGCCCAUCAAUUAUCUUAUCUACAAAAACACUUGGCAAACAUUGUCUCUCUUCUUGCAGAGCCUGCGGAAGGGGAAGGCGAAGAGUCUCUGGUCUUGAGCAUGGAAGGAUUUGAGCACCUUGGGUUUCUAAUUCAAUUUGGUGAUAAGGGAUCUGAAGGAGUUCCAUUAAGCCAAGCUACACCAUUUUUUGCAAAUUCAGAUCCUGACAUGCCUGCGGUUCCUGUCCCUGCUGCCCAAGUACAUGAUUGGCUUCUGCAGAAUAUAGCUUCUGCUUUGGAAAGCAUUAGCGAAAGAAUGUCAGCAAAAGAAAAUGGGCCUUCCAGUGGCUCUGAUCAGGAUGUUGCCAUGGCUGAUGCCUGCACAAGUUCAAACAAGGCCUCACCAAGUGCUAGAGGUCCAAGUUUUAUCGAGGGGAUCUCUAAGUCAUCAUAUGUAAAGCAAGCAUCAGAUCUAAAAGGUUCUUCUGUGAAGGUUAUUAAUUGUCAUGAUUCUGUCAUUUAUAUUUUGGCGCCUUUAAGAUAUGCAACCAUCUAUGGGUGCUCCGAUGCGACUAUAAUUCUUGGAGCAGUUGGCAAGGCUGUUAGAAUUGAGCACUGUGAGAGAGUUCACGUGAUUGCAGCUGCAAAACGAGCCUGCAUUGCCAAUUGUCGUGAAUGUGUCUUCUUUUUGGGGGUAAACCAGCGACCUCUUAUGGUUGGGGACAAUCAUAAACUUCAGGUGGCACCAUAUAAUACAUUUUAUUCUCAGUUGGAGGAGCACAUGGCAGAGGUUGGAAUUGAGGCAACUAUCAACAGGUGGGAUGAACCGUUGGCAUUGGGAGCAGUUGAUCCACAUGAUUCAUUAUCUCAUCCAGCUGGUGUCUCAGAUACCCAAGCUGAGUCAGCUGCACGCUUAGAUCCUGAUCAAUUCACAAACUUUUUGAUUCCAAAUUGGUUUGGAGGUGAUCCUGGGUCAACAAAAGACAAUCCAUUCCCAUUACCAGAUGUUUAUAUGGCAUCACAGCAGAGAAAUCAAAAGAAUUUAGGAGAGAUAAAGCAGUUACUGAAGGAAGCAUCUCUUGAAGAAAACCGGAAACGAGAAUUAUCAUGUGCAAUCCAUGUAUACUUCAAAGACUGGUUAUAUGCCUCGGGAAAUAUACGGCAACUCUACUGCCUUCAAGGGGACUAAUAUUAUUGGAUGAAAGCUGUCAUGGUUAGGUAUCAUCGACAGAGAUGCUUUUUGGUUUGCUUUUCGUUUCAACCCACACUAUUUUCAUCGCCAUUUCAACUGGGUACUGCAAGCAGAUGAGAACCAAUUGUAUGUACCAAGGAAUGGUAGACAUCUAUGAAUCAACACUUCUGCACAGAUGCAAGUAGCGAUACAUUUUGCUAAUCUGAAUGUAAUAUUUUUUUUUGGUUUAAGUGAAAUAAUCAUAUACUGUAAUAUUUUGUUAACAUAGGUAUGCAGUCUUGUGAAAUUUCCUUUUCUAGAGUUCCUUUCUA